AUCCUUAACUUGCUCCCACUUGAUGAAAGUUUGGGCAGUUCCUUUGAUCAACAGUCAACAGACUGUGAUUCUGCAUCGUAUGCAGACUCAUCUGCUGGAACGUCUUCUUCACAGGACACCAUUAUCCUGUCUAGGCGAAAUACUACAGAACGAUGUCAAGGGUGGCCAAAGCAGUUCCCCAUUCCAGGGUUUGCAUAUGAAACUGAGAUGUACCUUGAAAGAGCCACUGAAGACUACAAGAACAAUGGAACACUUGUGACUACCUCAAAGAUCAAGACAGACAUACUUGAGAAGCUGGCUGAAACUAUAUAUACGUAUACAGCCUAUCCAUCAAGUGCACAGAUAAGUGAUGUUGCUGAGGCACUUGUCAGUAAGUAUCCUUGUCUUAAGGAACCCGGCUCCUUCUCAGGUUAUUAUGGAUGGCAACAAAGCAUCAAAUACAAGAUGGCAAAUUAUCGCACCAAACUCCGAGGCUAUGGUGUUCCUGAGGUGAUGUGUAAUGCACUGAAACACAAGAACCCAGCAAACCAGAAGUCUGCAAAGAAUGUAAAAAAACCUCGAAAGACAGAGGUAAACUACCUCCCCCCUUACCCGGCAGGAGAGGAUGAAGAAAGUCAAGAACAAGAGAGGAUUCAGUUGCUUACUGAAGUAAGAAAAAGGGACAACAACAAAUUGAUCAAAGAAAAAAUGGCAAAAUCAUUUGCACACAGAAGAAACGAAAUCAUCAACCUAUCACCCAACAUAGAAGACAUCAAAACCAGAUGGCCUGCUCUAUUUGAGCCCUCUCAAAUCCAGGAUGAGUUUCACAGAAUCACAAUGGUGCAUCUUGAAUCAAAGUUCAUGUCUAAGCUGGAUGAAUACACUCCGAGGCUUCUGAACAUCUUCCACUCCAAAGGUGGAACCAUGGGGUUGAGGUUGCAGGCCAUCCUACUCAAGGCUCCAAGCAACCAUAGCAUCAGCAUGACCAGAGAUGUUGUCAUUCGGUGUUUGAUGGUGUACCUUGGGGAAUCCACAGAUCAACUCUUAAAGGAGUAUGAUGAUGCUGAUGAAGACAGUGUGUCGCAGGACCUUGCUGUACAAAGGAUUAAAAUCUACCACAUCAAGACUACUACGCCAGAGGGUCCUGAUGACAUCGGUAUUGUAGUAGAGGGUGUGAAAGUUCUGACUGCUCUGGGUAACUUUCCAAGGGCUUGCUCCAUGGUCAUUGGCUUGGCAUAUGCAGUGAAUCUUGCCUAUCCCAAGGAGGUCAGGUACACGCUUGAAGUCUUCCAGAAACUCCUCCUUGAGCUGGAUUAUUCAAAGCUGUCCCCAAAAGUGAACAGCCUCAAGAAUAAGCUACUAGCUUGAGAACAGGGACCCUCGCAGAAUGACAGGGAACAAUUAACUCACUGUCAAAACUGUCACAUGGUUACCCACUUACUGUGAAGGAACUGCAAACUGUUACUGAAGGAGACCUUUGGAAUUUCUGGUGAGUUCAGUCUUUAGUAUUUGGACUUGGAUUUUGAAGAUUACUUUACUCUUCAUAAAAGUGACCAAAUUAAACAUAAAGACACCAUAAAGAUUGUUCAUGCUGCCCUGAUUGUUCUCAACUUGCUUCCACUUAAUGAAAGUUUGGGCAUUUCCUUUUUUUCAACUGUUAAGUAACUAAAAAAUAUAGAUUUUUCAGUGCAACAUGUGGUUGUUUAGAAAUAUCAAACCAACCAUACUCAUUUUACGGGAGUGGUAUUGUGAUUUUGAAUUUGUAUUGCUACAGGCAGCUGUUAUUUUACCUUGUGAUUCCUCUGUGUACACCAGGGAUGCAAAUUUGACAUGUUUUAAUUGAGGAAUUUUAACAAAUUAAUGUGAUUGUUUAAGUGAGUCUUAUUUUAACAAAAAGUAAAGAAGUAAGGCCAAUGGAAUUACUUGACCUUAUCCCAGACUCCAUGUGAUAUUAAUCAAUUACUUUUAGCCGUUUUAAAAACAUAAUGGCCCUGACGAUUUCAAUUGGCACAUAAAUGAAAAUGUAAGAAACAUUUGCAGACUGAAAACAUUGUCUUAAUUUAAAUGCAGGACUAAACCUUAAAGGUCCCAUGACAUGGUGCUCUUUGGAUGCUUUUAUAU